GUGAAAUAAUGUAAGAAAUAAAAAAUCUGAAUGAAAUGAAUGAAAGAACUUGGUAUCUUCUAUAUUGAAAAUAUGGUAGAAUUUUUUGUUGUGAAUUGCUGCUUCUGUGAUACAUAUCAAGGACAGCAGGUUAUCAAAGCAAAAAAAUGGACGUGCAAAAUGUGUGGUGAAAAGCAAUCAUUCAGAAAGAUACUUGGUCAAGGCACGGGAAAAGAAUGUCGUAAAAUAGUGCAGCAAUUGAACAUGGUCAAUGGUAAUUUAAAGAGGAGAAUGCUUCAGGAGGAUUACAAGGAAAUAGAGCAAACUGCUGUUGAAAGAGAUGUUGAAAGUCAUAGGAUAACCCAGUCUAUUGAGACAAAGCAGAGCAAAUGGGACAAGUUUCUUCCAAUUGAUUCAUUAAAUGCAACAGAAACUGAGGACCCCAGUGUAAAUUUCAUAGAGAGUACAUCCUCGACAGAACAGAGAACUUUCAACCAACCAAGAGCCCUGAAACGAAAAGCAAGUACAAAGGACAUGCCAUCAGACAAUCUCAAUGAAAAUCAAGAGAGAAAAAAGUCAACAUUUAAUGACAGCAAUAGAACAUAUCUAAAGAGCAAGUCAAAUAUGACAAGUCAAACCACAACAGAUUGUCAGCUGCUUUCUGAGAGUCGAACCAAGAAUUACGGACAAAUAAAAGUGUCCAAAUGGUCAAAAUUUGUGUAA